CCCCCAGAAUUUUGCCGGAUCUUAACCUCCAUCGGUACUGGCGGCGAGACUCCGGAGAGGCGCUUCCCUCCCCAGCACCCGGCUCGGAGCGCCCCCCUUCGACGGCAGCGGCGGCAAGGAAAGCGAGGGUCGUCCCGAACUGGAGAAGCAGCUGCCAGAGGUUCAGAGUCCAGCGCCUGCAGAGGAGAAGAGGCAGCUGCUGCUAUGAUCCAAGCACUGGUGCUCCUGUUGCUGGCUGGAAAUGGAGCCUCGGCUACCAGCACCAAUCCGCGUCUGAAGCUCUCCUUUCAUAAUUUGCGACUGCGCCAUGGACUGCGCACUUAUGAGCUGGAGCGCUCCUGCUGCUACGACUCGCUGCUGCUGGAUGAAGAGAGGGGACGGCUCUUUGUGGGUGGGAAAAACUACCUGGCCUCCCUGAGCCUAGACAACAUCAGCAAGCAGGACAAGAAGAUUUACUGGCCAGCGCCUGUGGAAUGGAGGGAAGAAUGCAACUGGGCAGGAAAAGACAUCAAUGCCGAGUGCAUGAACUUCGUCAAGAUCCUGCACCUCUUCAACCGGACGCACCUGUAUGCCUGUGGCACUGGGGCCUUCCACCCCAUUUGUGGCUUCGUAGAAGUUGGGCAGCGUGCAGAGGACUCUGUGUUUAAACUGGACCUGAAGAACUUAGAAGAUGGCAAAGGCAAGAGCCCCUACGACCCACGCCAUGUGGCCGCUUCAGUGCUGGCAGGUGAAGAGCUCUAUUCUGGGGUGGCUACUGACCUGAUGGGCCGUGACUUCACGAUCUUCCGCAGCCUUGGCUCAAGGCCCUCUAUCCGCACGGAGCAGCAUGACUCCCGGUGGCUCAAUGAGCCCAAGUUCAUUGAUGUUUUCUGGAUCCCGGAGAGUGAGAAUCCCGAUGACGACAAGAUCUUCUUUUUCUUCCGGGAGACAGCAGUGGAAGGAGCCCAGGGGCUGGGCAAGCAGACCUUCACCCGCAUUGGCCAGAUCUGCCGGAAUGACAUGGGUGGGCAGAGGAGCCUGGUGAAUAAAUGGACAACAUUUCUGAAGGCCCGGCUGGUGUGCUCGGUCCCCGGCAGCGAUGGGAGUGAUACGUACUUUGACCAGCUCCAUGAUGUAUUCUUGCUGCCAACCAGAGACAAGCGCAACCCUUUGCUGUAUGCUGUUUUCACCACCUCCAGCACCGUCUUCAAGGGCUCUGCUGUCUGUGUCUACCAUAUGAGUGACAUCCGCAGAGCCUUCUUGGGACCUUUUGCUCACAAGGAAGGGCCAAACUAUCAGUGGGUGUCCUACCAAGGCCGGGUCCCUUACCCCCGCCCAGGAAUGUGUCCCAGCAAAACCUUUGGCACAUUUAGUUCCACCAAGGAUUUUCCCGAUGACGUGAUUCAGUUUGCUCGCAACCACCCGUUAAUGUACAACUCGGUGUUGCCACAUGGCCAGCGACCCAUCUUCCUGCAGACCAACGUGGGCUACACCUUCACCCGCAUCGCAGUAGACCGAGUGGCUGCUGCUGACGGCCACUAUGACGUCCUCUUCAUUGGCACAGACAUUGGCACUGUCCUGAAGGUCGUCUCUGUGCCCAAGGAGAGCUGGCAAAACAUGGAGGAGCUGCUGCUGGAGGAGCUGCAGGUGUUUAAGGACUCCUCUCCAGUUACAAGCAUGCAGAUCUCCUCCAAGCGGCAACAGCUCUACAUUGGCUCCAGGACUUCUGUUUCCCAGCUGCCCUUGCACCGCUGCGGGAUCUACGGCAAAGCUUGUGCUGAAUGCUGCCUGGCUAGAGAUCCAUACUGUGCCUGGGAUGGGACUACCUGCACUCGCUACAUGCACAACACCAAAAGGCGGUUCCGGCGUCAGGAUGUGCGAAAUGGGGAUCCCAAUGUGCUCUGCUUUGGAGAUCCCCAGCGAAGCAGCGUCCCAGAAAAGAAGUUAUAUGGAGUGGAAGGCAGCAGCGCUUUCCUGGAGUGUCUCCCUAAGUCACUGCAGGCCCAGGUUGUGUGGACGUACCAGAAAAGCAGCAGCGCCCCCCAGAAGGAGGUGCUGUUGGAUGACCGAGUCAUCAAGAUGGAGCGGGGUAUCCUGUUGCGCAACGUGCAGCGCAAAGAUGCCGGCCUCUACCACUGCCACGCCACGGAGCAUGGCUUUACCCAGAGUUUGCUGCACCUCCAGCUUGAAGUGAUCCACGCCCAGCAGGCCGACUUGCUCUCCGUCUCCCGUGAAGAGGAACCUGCGCAGCCCUUCCACCGCAAGCUCUGGUACCAAGAUUUCUUGCAGCUGGUGGACCACCCCAACCUCAGUACCAUGGACCAGGUGUGUGAGCAGCUGUGGAGCCGCAAGAGCCACCAGCCGAAGAAGAAGCCGCCGCUACCCCCUCCGCUCAGCGUCAAGGCCAAGAGCCACAAGUGGAAGCACCUGGAGGACAAGCGGAAAGGCCGCAGCCGGAGAACACAUGAAGUGCCCCGUGCGGAGAGGGGCCCCCGGAGCACUGACGUCUGGUGACCUGCAUGGAGUGCAGCUGGACAACCAACCUCUAUGCUGGGGAGCAGGGUGGGCGUGUAGGGAAAGGGGUGGGAGAGAGGAUGCAGGACCAUGGUUUGGUGGAGAGGGCUUCCUUUCCAUGCUCCUGGCGGCCGCUUCAUAUGUAGUUUGUAGGGGGGGUGUUGUCGUCAUAGCAACUUAGCUGCCAUUCUUCAGAACUCGAUGCGAAGCAACAGAACCCGACAGGAGAGGGUGGCUUCUGUAGCCCUCGCCUCUUCCGUAACAUGCAACCAAAGAUGGUGGCAGCAGUCUCGGGGGACCAAAGGAACCAAGUUAUUAUGAUAUCCUGUGCAGUGGGAAGUAAACCAGACAGGAUACGCCAGGAGUUGUGGUCCCUUUUUUCUCACCCUCAAGGAUCUGCUGACUGUCAAGAUAUAAUUCUGGGACUGAGGAGCCCUCUAGCUCUGGAGUGUCUGUUCUUGCUCAGAAUCUUCCUCUGAAGAGGACAGUCCCCUGACGCAACCCGCUGUCUUGAUAGGCAGGGUGCCUACCCCGUUUCCUCUCGCUUCCAUAACUAAACCGAUCUGCCUUGUGCACAUAAGUGUAGCAAUGUGCUCGCGCCCCCC